AUGUUUGAGUUCAAGAUAUUCUUCAAUGUUCAUUUCAGUCUAUUAUAUGGACUCAUCCAUUUGGAUAAACCAGAAGAAAUUCAACGACGUCAAUUUUUACAGCUGGCUAUCCAACUCUAUGAAGGAAAAGUACGCAAUGAAAAAGAUCCAUUACAAAUCGCACAGUAUUAUAUUCAUAUUGGACAUUGGCAUCUGUUAUUAGAAGAUUUCUCCAAAGCACUUUCUGCCUAUCAAGCUGCAUAUGCAUUAGAAACCAAACUGAAUCAAAAUCCAGAAUUUUUAUUUGGUCUUGGUAUUGUUUAUCAUCAUUACAAUAUUGAUAAUCAUGCGAUUCGUGCUUAUCAACAAGUUCUUUAUCUCGACAGUCAAUUUAUUCGUCGGAGUGACGUACAUCUUCGUUUAGGCUUAAUUUACAAACAACUAGGUGAUUAUUCCACAAGUUUAAAACAUUUUCAACGUGCAUUAGGUGAUUCAACAAGCACAUGUUCACUAACACGUUCAGAAUUAUCGUGUCUAAUCGGUUUUGUUUACGAACAACAAGGACAUCUGACUGAAGCUGAAAGUCUUUACGAGAAAUUACUCCAACAGCAAGAUAUCGUACCAGCAAAGCUGAAAGGAAAAAUUUUACGACAACUUGGUUGGCUUCAUUUCUAUGGUCCCAUAGCAAAUAAUAUUAAUACAGACAAUAUAAGUGUUGAACGAGAAAAUCAGAUCAAAGAAGCAAUUAGAAAAUUAGAACAAGCAUGCGAGUGUGAUCCGACAUGCGGGAUAACAUAUUAUUAUUUAGGACGAUGUUAUGCAGCACUACGAAAACAUACAGAAGCUUUUUAUACCUAUCGAAAUUGUGUAGAUAAAUUAGAUCAAAAUGCAGAUAUUUGGUGUUCGAUUGGAGUGCUCUAUCAACAUCAGAAUCAAACAAUGGAUGCUUUACAAGCAUUUGUGUGCGCGAUACAAAUUGAUAAUAAACAUGCGACUGCAUGGAUGGAUUUAGGAAUUUUGUAUGAAACAAGUGGACAAGCACAAGAUGCUCUUUUUUGCUACAAAAAAGCUAUCAUAGACAAAGAUGAAUCAUGGAAUCCAGAACUAAUCAAUCGUAUUAACCAAUUACAAUCCUGUCUUGUUCAAAUACCGGAAGGUGCUAUAGGAAAACAACCUCGUGGUCCAUUGCCUAAAGUUGAAGAAGCUUUUACCCUACCCAUUCCAGUGGAACUAACCGCAAAACAACAGCAAAUAGCUACUGCAUCAUCGACAACGACUUCCAUUGCGACACCGACGUCAACAAAUGUACCCAGUCAACAAUAUCCAUCAGAAACAUCUGCUAUUUCUCUUCCUCCUGCUUCCUCUACUUCUAUUCCACCACAACCAUCACUAUCACCAUCAGCGUCAUCCAAUCCUACUUGUACUGUAAAACCACCAAUUGAUGCUAUACGUAUUGAUAAGCGCUUGAUAACAAAUGAUCAAUCUUUGAGAUCAAAACGUAUUAAAACUGAACCAACAUUAUCUUUUACCAGCGCUACAAGUUCGAAUGAUUUACAGAAGAUCGUCAAACAUUCAAUAUCACCUCUUCCACCAUUGCCUGCUUCAUAUUUACCCGAUGGUCAUGUGCCAACGCCGCCUAAAAUACCAAAAACGCCGUCCAUUGAACUCAAUCCAAGUACACCAAGUGUAAUUCUAGAAACACGACGUGAAGCAACGUCGGCGCAAUUGCAACAAUAUUGUUUGUCGCAACCGAUCUGUAUUGUACGUGGAUUAUCCAACGUACUUAAACUUGAUUUAGGUUUAUUCUCCACGAAAACACUCGUCGAAAGUCAGCCUGAUCAUCCUGUUGAAGUGCGUACUCAACGACAACAACCUAUUGAUGAAAAUUUUGACUUCACAUCAAUGACAACACCAUUGAAAAACGUCUGGAAAUAUCAAUCGACACGUUCAUAUACGACGAUAGCUAAAUACGCUCAAUAUCAAGCAUAUUCUUAUCAUGAUAUGGUCAAAGAUGAGCUGAAUGAAAUAAAUAUUUCAUCAAUAAAUACAGUCAGUGGACUAGCAGCAAAUUCAAACGUAAUCAUGACUAAUGGCACAUCAAAAAAAGUCGCAAAUAAAUCAUCAACCAAUAAUUCUUCUAUAUCAUCAAUCCGUUCGAUUAAAUCCGGAACAAAUAUUGACCUAUCCGAUGAACGUAAAUGGGCAGCUCAAUUGUCUGAGCUAACGAAACUACCAUUAUUUAUGCGAGUUGUCUCAGCUGGCAAUCUUCUAUCACACGUCGGUUAUACCAUCCUAGGGAUGAAUAGCGUACAGUUGUAUAUGAAAGUACCCGGCUCGCGAACACCAGGUCAUCAAGAGAACAAUUGCUUUUGUGCCAUUAACAUUAAUAUUGGUCCCGGCGAUUGUGAAUGGUUUGCCGUAGCUAAUGAAUAUUGGGGUGUUAUUGCUACAUUGUGCGAAAAAAAUGGUGUUGAUUUUCUGACGGGAUCAUGGUGGCCUAUACUAGAUGAUUUACAUGAUGCUCAAGUGCCUGUUUAUCGUUUCGUACAAAAACCUGGAGAUCUUGUUUUCGUCAAUUCAGGAUGUGUCUACUGGAUGCAAUCAAUCGGCUGGUGUAACAAUAUAUCCUGGAAUGUUGGCCCAUUACUUUACAGUCAAUAUUAUGCAUCGAUAGAACGCUAUGAAUGGAAUCGUUUGUGUUCAUGCAAAUCGAUUGUACCUAUGGUACAUUUAACCUGGAAUAUCGCACGUAAUAUCCGCAUUAAUGACCGUCAUCUAUUUGAAUUAACCAAAUUCAUUUUACAUCAAUCGCUGAAAUAUAUUCAACUAACGUUAGCAUACUUAGAACAACAAUUUGGACGUGGUGUUGAUGUCCGCAAACAAUUACGAACCCUACAUGAACCUGCACAUUAUUGUAUAACAUGCGAUUGUGAAGUCUUCAACAUCUUAUUUAUAACCGAACUUGAUCGUAAACAUGUUGUACGUUGUUUGGAUUGUGCCUUGCAGCAUGACAAACAGUUAGAGAAUGUCGUUGUCUUGUACCAGUAUACAUUAGACGAUCUGAAAACCGUUUAUGACCAAUUUCAAUUGUAUCUACUUCCAGCGUUGAACACCACAACAACAACAGCAGCAGCAGCGGCAACAACAACAACAACAAGUACAGCACGGCCAAUAACUAAUACGUGA